UUCUCUUUAAAUUUAAUUUUGUCUAUAAUUAAACCCAAUCUCCUCACUCUCAUUUAAAUUAAUUUAUCAAAAUAUUUGUCACCAUAUGGAGUCUCAAGAAACAUGUCUCUCUGAAACUUCAACCAUAAUCUCACUUUCAAAUCCUCUAAAAAACCCUUCAAUGGAUACUCCAAAACAAGAAGAAAAUAAUCUUGUGUUGGAUCUAAGAGUUUCAAGCAAAGAAUUGAAUCUGAUAGACUCAUUUGAAAUGGCUUCAUCUCAUCAGAAAUCAUCAUCAUCAUCCGAUACUACUCCUAAAGUAUUUUCAUGCAACUAUUGUCAAAGAAAAUUUUAUAGUUCACAAGCACUCGGAGGUCAUCAAAACGCACACAAAAGAGAGAGAAAUCUAGCGAAACGCGGACAAAAAACCGCGUCGUUUGGUGUAAAUAGAUUCUCUAGCAUAGCUUCUCUUCCUCUGCAUGGCUCUUUGAAUCGAUCACUGGGAAUUCAAGUGCAUUCCUUGAUCCACAAGCCAAGUCUCGGAUCAUCAUACGGGUCGAGACUACAAGGAUUUGAUCAGCAACCGGCAGUUGGAAGAUUGGUUUCGGAGAGGUUUCAUAUGGGAAGUAUUGGAUCAUCACCUUCUAAUAAUGGUAUGGCAAGAUUAUUCGAAACUGGUUCGAGAAAUUUUUCUUUUCCGGUAAGAGAAAGUUUUAACUAUUUGAAGACUAAAAAUGAUGAUUUUCACAAGCUUGACUUAUCACUUAAGCUCUAAUUAACUACAGUUUUAUGCCGGCCGAGGUUGGAUUGGAGUGGUAACUGGUAAGGGCUCGAUCAGUUUCGUAUUCGAGUUCUGAGUAUGCGAUUUCUUUAUAGUGACUAGAGGAGCUUUGGCGACGUAACUGGUUAUACCUGGCUUGAUUCGGAUUAAUCAGGAUAGUGGCUCCGGAUAUUAGAUGGUAUUAAAAUAAGUAUAGUUUUAUUUCUUAUCUUCUUUUUUUGAUUUUGGUGAUGAUUUCAUUAGGAUUUUUUGUACUCUUCUCCUAAGUUGGAGUAUCUCUUGUAAUUAAAUCCUUUCUUUUUUUGGUAUUGAUAGAGACUAAUUUCUUC